CGGUGCAGGAGAGCACAGCAUCACCCAUCUCAGACCAAGUUAUACCAAUAGUUUGCCUCCCUCGUAUCUAUCGUUUUCUACAUCUCCUCUGGAAUCUCAUCAUGGAUAUCCCCAUCCAGUAUCCCUGGUACCGUCGGGCCUUCCCACAUCGACUGUCUGACCUCUCUUUGGCAGAACCUCUCACUGAUUGGCCACUAAUCUGGCCCUUCCCGUGGUCUUUCCCCUGGAUGCGCCCUUCAUUAAUGCGCUGGUUCAACUGGCCCGACAAUGGACACAGUGAGAUGCACAUUGAAAAGGAUCGCUACAUCAUUUUACUGGAUGUGAAGCAUUUCUCACCUGAAGAGCUGUCUGUCAAUGUCAGUGACGGAUUCAUCACAAUACACGGCAAACAUGAGGGCAGACAGGACGACCACGGCUUUGUGUCAAGAGAGUUUCUGAGGAAGUACAGGCUUCCCGCUGGCGUGUCAGGUGCCGAUGUCACCUCCAGUCUGUCAUUUGAUGGUAUCCUGACAAUCACUGCCCCUCGGUCAUCUUCCGGCUCAGAGCGCACUAUUCCUGUUUCCUGUGAAGAUGGAACACCGAAACAGAAAAUGUAGAACAGAGUCUGACGCUCCUCACACUGUUUUACUACUAACCCAAAGUGCUGUCUGUUUUUAUAUUUAACCUGUUACAGUUUUGUAGUGCACAUAUGCAGUAGGCAGGGCAUACAGGUCUAGAUGUCAAUAAGGGUAUUCUAAUACACCGGUAUCUAAUUCAUAACUCACUGUUAUUCUGAUGUCUCUGUAAGACAAUGGCGCUUUAAAACCAAAAGCUAAUAUGUUGAGCUCUUAGUCUAUUUGACAAAAAGGUGAGGUGCAGGAUAAUGAACUUCCUUAUCACAAGCCUACAGAAUCCCUCUUUAAAUCAUACCUCUCUGCCAAAAAUAUUCCCACCUCUGUGUAUGUAAAUUACACAUUAAGGGUAAUCAUAUUUUGAAAGGCAUUUCCUUUAUCAGGCAUUUCCAAAUGUUAUAUAAUAGCUGUACUUGCCAUGGAGUGUAGUGACAAAAUUGUAAGUAUGGAUUAUGAGCCAAACUAGCUUGCAGCAACCUUUUAGUUUUACUUGGAAAUGCUAAAGUCAAUUUAACGGAGUGGAAAUGUAAAGACUUUCUCAAAAUUGUCCAAUGAAGAUAAUUACAGACUAAAAUUGAUCGACUUAAUUAUACUGUCUGAGUGGAUAUGAGUAAUAUGCCAACUGUGCUUGUGUUUAUUCUUUUAGAAUAGUGUUGGUUUUCUUUAUGUGUGAGGCGGAGGGAGUUCUCUGGAGGCAUAUGCAGUCAUUUUUAGUUUGUUCACAAAAAAAAAGCCACCAAAGGACUUGGGACCAGGUGUGUG